CGUGGCCGCGGCAGCCGCCCGCCCGCCCGCCGCGCCGCCGGGGAGGAUGAGCCGGUUCCUGAGCGUGCUGCGCAGCUGGCUCCUGGUGGUGUCCGUCAUCGCCGCCGGGAACACCCUGCAGAGCUUCCGCGACCACGGCUUCCUCUCCGAGAAGCUCUACACGGGCGCGCCGGGGCUCGUGAACGGCCUCCAGGCUCGCACCUUCGGCGUCUGGACGCUGCUGUCGUCGGUGAUCCGCUGCCUCUGCGCCGUGGACAUCCGCAACAGGACCCUGUAUUACAUUACACUCUUCACCUUCUUCAUGGCCCUCGUUCACUUCCUCUCUGAAGUCUUUAUUUACCACACUGCAGCCUUGACGAUUGGCGUCAUGGCACCCCUCAUGGUAGCAAGUUUCUCCAUCCUGGGGAUGUUGAUUGGGCUGCAGUACCUGGAGGUAGAAGCACAGUCACAAAACAAGAAGAAAAACUGAAGCUGAAUGCCUUGUGUAGCUUUGUUUCUUCAAGGACUAUGGAAUCAGUACAGGCUUCAGGCAUCGCUUUCUGCAAGUCAAAGAAAAGGAACGUAGUUAAGGCCCUGGAUGGCCAGACCUGGGCUUCAGAGAGAACAGCUGGCCAGAGGAUGGCUCAUCCAUGGCUUUCUGAUAGUGUGCAAAAAUCCUCGAAACAGAAUCACCACCCUUAGGAGAGCUGAAGCCAAGAGUGCAUCUGGCUCCCUCUUCCCUCUCUAGAUCAUUCUAGCACCCAGCCAAGGUGCUCUGGCACAGCAGGCAAAGCAAUGAUCCCACUUCCCUUAGGCUACUUGCUGUAGCCUUCAAGCCUUAGUUUACACACAGAAGCACAGGGGCUGUACAGGCCCAGGUAACACCCCCACAGCCAGCUCACUGGAGACAUAUCACUGCUGGGAGAUAAUCCUCCAAGUGGUAAAGCUGCAGGGGCAGUUCUCAGGGAACGGCAAGAAAGUGCGAACCAACCCUUCAUGCCACGGGGAAGGACAGCAUCUGUGCAAGCACCAGAGGAACGUGCAUGAUGUACACCCUCCAAAUUUUCAGCUCAGGAACUAAUUCCUCUCUGUCCUUAGCCUGGCAUAUCUAGGGCCCUCCUUAACACCCAAACAAGUUGCUGAUACAGCUCACCUUCAAGUCUUCCCCUCUCCCCGUUCAGAGCUGACACCCUGUUCCCUACUCUUCCUUAUCCCCAGUCGGGGCUUACAGCUGGGAUAAUUCCACACCCAAGGUGGUAUAAACAAGGCCUUCAAGGUUCAGUACUUCCAUGCCCAAAAGCCAUAAGGAAUGAAAGGCAAACAUAUGUGAGGCUUUUUCUGCAUAAAUCCUACAAAAGAAUUAGCCUAAUUACCAGAACCCUUCUACCUCCUACAACUUCCUCCCUUAAGGUGGGGCUGCAGAGGCAUUUCCCAGAAGAAAAGCAACAAGGACCCAAUUUGCUGCCCAGUUAACACAAUGCCACCCUGACCCUGGGGCAGAAUGAAAUGCUACAGCACAGCAAUCCCAGUCCAGCCUUUUCGUACAGCCGGGUCACCUCCUUUGCUGAGCCUUUCAAGGGUGGUCCAUGAUUAGACCUGACACUCCAGCUUCCCCAUGGGAAUUCAGAUGCCUCUCUUCAAGUGCUAACUCUUCACAUAGGGUGAGACACCCUAGUUGUCACUGAUUGAAAAGGCAACAUGCAGUCUCUUAAGGGCAAGUGUGGAGUCUCCCAUAGCCUACGCUCUGUGUUAACUCACUGCGAGGCAAGACUGACAUCCAAAGCAGGAGACAGAAGUGCAUGGGAGAGACUCACAUGCCCAAAUCAAAGUCCAGGCAGCAUGAAAGCAAGAGAUACAAACCAGCUUCUCUGAGUAGCUUCUUACACAAACUGCAGCUGAAAAGGUUUUAGAGGUCAGCAGCAAAAU